AUGUCGCCAGACUCGGUGGUUGGCCCUCUCUUGGGCAACGUUCUUCAGAUACCGAGAUUUCAUUUUUUGCUGGUGUUGCUCUUGUUGCUGGUGGCGAGGGGGCUAUACAAACGUUAUAAUUCACCGCUAAGUACAUGGCCUGGGCCGCUGCUGGCGUCAUGCUCGCGGGUCUGGAAGUUCUGGGUCACGUACAAGGGUCACAGUGAACACGACUACAUGGACCUCCAUCGCAAAUAUGGUCCGAUCGUCCGCACGGGUCCAAACGAGCUGUCUUUUGCAUCUCCAGAGGCGGCCAAAGAUAUUUUUGCGGUGGGAAAGGGCGUUGAGAAGACCGACUUUUAUUGGGUGUUUCCACCAGCCGAGAAUCCGGAUGUCUUUACAGAGAUCCGCGAAUGGAAGCACGCACAGCUGAAGCGGUUUACAGUCCAGCCGUACAGCUUAGCCUCGCUGCAAAAGAUGUCGUCCUCCAUCGACGCCAUCGAAAAGGAGCUCAUGGAUAGACUCGAUGGAUUUGCCAACGCUGGACAGAGACGUUGUAACCUUGGAGACUAUCUCCAUUACUUCGCCUUCGAUGUUCUGGGCGAAGUUGCUUUCUCCCACCGCUACGGCUUUGUCGGCACAGGCACCGAUGUUGAGGGUUGCAUAAAGUAUAUCGACGAUGUCCAAUUUUAUGACGGCCUCGUCGGGCAAAUCCCAUGGUUGCAUUACCUGCUGCGACUCAACCCCCUGGCAAUCGGAAAAAAAAUGGACAAUAAUGGCAAGUCAAGCACAGGGCGGGACGACUUGCUGGCGCAAUUCAUCCAGGGGCACCUUCGCGCUCCUGACAAGUUUACUGAGGCAGACGUGUUUUCGGUAGCUCACGGAGCAAUCGGUGCUGGCUCCGACUCGACUGCGUCUACUAUGCAAUCCUUCUUCUAUCUGCUUCUCAACUCGCCGUCCACCUAUCAGGCGCUCCUUUCAGAACUCGACGCGGCCACCACCUCAGGGACGCUCUCCGACCCGGUUAGCUACCUAGAGGCCCAAGCCCUGCCAUACUUCCAAGCAUGCCUCCAUGAGUCUAUGCGUCUCCGUCCUGCUGUGGGCCUGAAUAUCUACCGCAAAGUUCCACCCGAGGGUAUGCAGAUCGACGGCACGUUCUACCCCGGAGGGACCGAAGUCGCGGUGAACGGCUGGGUCUUGCACCGAGACAAGACGGUCUUCGGGCCCGAUGCGGAAGAUUAUCGUCCGGAGCGUUGGUUGGAAUCCAAUGCGAAGGAGAUGCACCGACACAUGUACCAGUUCGGCGGCGGAAGCCACCUCUGCCUCGGCAGGAACCUCGCGCUGUUGGAGAUGAACAAACUGCUCCCACGGCUGUUGAGGCGAUACCAUUUUGGGCUGGUCCACCCGGGAAGACCAUUGAAGCAUCGUACCACGUUCUUCGUGGUGCAGGAGGGGCUAGAGGUUUACAUAUCGCUCCGAACUUGA